AAUUAUGUAGUAAUUCUUUUGAUCCUUUUGAACAAGUAGGAAAAACAGACUCUAAAACAAAACAAAACCAAGUCAGUCCCUACGAUGGUCAAGAUCAUCCGCCCAGACAUCAGUUUUCAGGAGGGCAACCGGGACCCAUAACGAGUCAGCCAGGGACUGGGCAGUCAUUUGGUUAUCAUUCCAGUAACACUACAGUAGUGGUGACACAACAACAGCAAGUACCGACUCGACCUCCAAAGCGAGACUGGAGCACUGGCAUUUGUGGUUGUUUUGAAGAUUUCGGAGACUGUUGUCUUGAACUUUUAUGUCCAUGUUAUGUAUGUUACCUGUCCCACAAACUUGGCGAGUCCUGCUGUCUACCAUUCGCUUUCUGUGGACACGGGGCACUUAUUCCUCUGCGUACCAAGAUCCGUACAGAGAACAACAUUCAGGGCAGUAUCUGCGAAGACUGCUGUAUGGUCUUCUUGUGUGCGAAUUGUGUUAUGUGUCAACUGUCACGUGAAUACGAUAAUAUUCAUCGAAACCAAGAAAUAAUCAUUCGCUAAAACUUUAUUAGAUUGUUGUAGAACAUGAGAUUUGAAAUGGAAUACCAAAGAUUGUCUCAAAAAUAUAAACUAAUCAUAUCUGAUUGUUAGCUGCUUUGCCAUGUGCUUUAUUUGCGAUUGUAAGUUUAGUUUUUUUCUUAGAAUUUAAUACUGUAAAUCACUUUUUAUUCGCGAGAACUUUAUUUUCGCGUAAUUACGCGAGACAGUGAGCACGCGAAAAUUUCAUUCUCGCGUAUAAUAGUAUUCCUAAAGAUUAUAUAGAGAAAUAUUAAUAAUUCGUGAAAAUUAUGUCUCGCUUAUAAAGAGUCAAUGACUCUCUCGCGAAAAUAAGGUGUCGCGAAAAUUUAGUGAUCUACAGUAUUUUAUUCAGAGCGAAUAUGUAUCCUUAAUGAGGUGCAAACACUAUAGUAAGAUUUCGGUUUGAUUAUGAACAGACUCAAGCAAUUCAAAAAGAUAUUUAUAUAUUGAUAAAAAUAUAAUCCAUUUUCACUUCCUUUUUCAUGCAAAAAAUAACAUAACGAUAAAAUUAGAUUUAUUUGCCUUUGCACCUAGUUCAGUAAAACAUGUAUUUUUUGUUUUAGAGGAGGUCGUUUUCCCAUCAGAUUUUUUUUUCAUAUUUUCAUAUGUACAAGAAUUUAUUAAAUCUUCUAAGAGACUAAAUUAGGAACACUGUUAUAUUAAAUAUUCUAUUAAUAUAUCAAAAUAUUAAAUGCACAAUUUUUUCCAAAUAUU